AUGGAAGCGCCCACUUUGAUGGUCCUCGUAGCUUCCUUUUCUGCUCUUUUAGCUUCUCUGUGUAUCUUGAAACUUGUCUAUUCUCUUUGGUGGAGACCCAAAUUGAUUGAGCGAGAAUUGAAGCAACAAGGAAUUGGAGGAACCUCUUACAAUUUUCUUUAUGGAGAUAAGCUAGCUAUCGAGAAGCUGAUGAUAGAAGCAUGGUCCAUCCCCAUGAGUUCAAACCACGAAAUUAUACCUCGUGUCGAUCCUUUCAUUCAUCAAAUUGUGCAGACAUAUGGAAAGGUAUGUCUGAGUUGGAUUGGAACAAGGCCAAGAUUGAUACUGGGGAAGGCAGAGCUGGUGAGGCUGGUGCUGAAUAACAAGAAUGGUCACUUCCAAAAAUCUCCACAGAACUCUCUUGUGAAGCUUUUGGCGCUGGGACUCGCAGCCUUGGAAGGGGAGAAAUGGGCCAAGCAUAGAAGAUUAAUUACCCCUGCAUUCCAUCACGAGAAGCUACAGGGAAUGGUACCACAGGUUUUAGCAAGUUGUUGCAAUCUCAUUGAUCGAUGGAAGAUGCUGCUUGCAGCCGAUGGACGAAGCGAAAUUGACAUCAAUUCCGAAUUGCAUCGUCUCUCUGCAGACGUGAUUUCUAGAGUAGCCUUCGGAAGUAGCUAUAAAGAAGGAAAGAAGAUCUUUGAACUUCAAAAAGAGCAAAUUGUGCUGGCAACUGAAGCAUAUCGGGCCUUGUACCUCCCAGGACAAAGGUUUCUACCAACUAAGAAGAAUAGAAGGAGAUAUGAGGUGGAUACAGAGAUCAAAGCAAUGUUAAGAGAUCUAAUUUGCAAGAAGCAAAAGGCAAUGCAGGAUGGCGAAGCGGGUAAUGCUGAUCUACUUGGAUUGCUUUUGCAAUGCAAAGAAGAAAAGGGAAAUGAACUGACAAUUGAAGAUGUAAUAGAGGAGUGUAAGAUGUUCUACUUUGCCGGCCAAGAGACCACUGCUAUCUGGCUUACCUGGACUCUUAUCCUCCUGUCUAUGCAUCCGGCCUGGCAAGAGAAAGCCAGACAAGAGGUUCUACAAAUUUGUGGAAAGACAGCCCCUGAUAUGGAAAUCUUGAACCGGCUCAAAAUUGUCACAAUGGUGCUGUUUGAAGUCCUAAGAUUAUAUCCACCGGCAACUUACCUGGCAAGAUAUACCGUCCAAAGAACUAAGGUAGGGGACAUUUCCAUCCCUGCAGGGGUUGAAGUUUAUGUACCAACGACGCUGUUGCAUCAUGAUCCUGAGUACUGGGGAGAUGAUGCAGAAGAAUUCAACCCAGAGAGGUUUGCUGAAGGAGUUUCCAAGGCAUCAGGGGAUCAAUUGGCAUUUUAUCCCUUUGGCUGGGGACCUAGGAUUUGCAUAGCCCAAAACCUUGCAAUGAUAGAAGCAAAAUUGGCUCUGGCUAUGAUUUUGCAGAAUUUUUCAUUCAAGCUCUCACCUUCAUAUAUUCAUGCCCCCUGUGCCGGAUUUACUCUUCAGCCACAGCAUGGAGCUCCAAUUAUAUUGAAACCCAUUUGA